GACACAUGAAAUGACUGUGCAGUUCAGAGGAGUACAAUUUGAGGGGUACUCAGGAAGAUUAAAGUGGGUGAGACAACUGGAGAAGUCUAUAGAGGGAAGAGGAGGUGAGACGGUGCUGUAAGAUGAGGACAAAGAUGCCAGCCAAGCAGUUGUUCGACAUAAACAUAAAAGAAAUGAUGAGAGUAUGAGCAACGUACUUAGUGACCGAACAAGGAGAGGGAGAGCAUAGACGUAAGGUCCACUAGACAGAUGAAAUGAAUUGAUGGGGAGACAUUCAUCUGCCUUAACCUUAUGCAGUUCCUGUGAUGACAAGGCUGUGAGGGCACCUUUGUCUCCAGGCAUCCCCACCAGACUUCUUAUAGCAGGGCACAGUGAGAUCUAAAUAUUUGAGAUUCCUCACUGACAUGGUAAGGACCUAUUGUUCACUAAUCCCUUCUUGAAAAUGUCUUCUGUCACCUAUAAAUACAAAACAACCUGUGUCAAAUUCACCCAUGUGCGCAAUGUGUGAUUGCCUGAGACAGGGUCUCAUUCUCCUUCCUCAUCCAAACCUGCCUGACCCAAACAUCUGAAGCCUGGGAGUGUGUUCACAGAUUGAAGAACCACCACCCCCUGGACCUCGCAGCUGACUUCCAAGAAUGCUCCUUCCCCGGUCCUACAUAAACAUCUCCUUCUUCCAGCCACCAGCUUUCCUCCUAAUUGGCAUCCCAGGGCUUGAGGCUGCUCAUGGCUGGAUCUCCAUCCCCUUCUCCUCCAUGUACGCUGUAGCCCUCACUGGAAACUGCUUGAUCCUCCUGGCUAUCACGAGAACUCCCAGCCUGCACCAGCCCAUGUACUACUUCCUGUCCAUGCUGGCCCUCACUGAUGUGAGCCUCACCUUGUCCACACUGCCCACCACCCUGGCUGUGCUCUGGUUUGACCAUCAGUCUAUUGGCUUCAACACCUGCCUAGUCCAGAUGUUCUUCCUGCACACCUUCUCUGUAGUGGAGUCCUCGGUGCUCCUGGCCAUGUCAUUUGACCGCUUUUUGGCCAUUUCCAACCCACUGCGCUAUGCAGCCAUCCUCACAAAUAAUGUCAUCAUCAGGAUUGGGAUAGUCAUUGUGACUCGAGCCACUGUGUCCAUCUUCCCUGUGCCCUUCUUGCUAAAGCGACUGAACUUUUGUCCAAACAAGACCCUCUUAUCCCACUCCUUCUGUUUUCACCCUGAUGUGAUGAGGCGAGCCUGUGAUGACAUCACCAUAAACAUUCUCUAUGGGCUCUAUGUUGUAGCAUCCACAGCAAGCAUAGACUCCCUGCUCAUCGCUCUGUCCUAUGCUCUUAUCCUGCGCACAGUCUUGGGCCUGGCCUCCCCCAGAGAACGUGUCCGGGCUCUCAAUACCUGUGUGUCUCAUAUCUUAGCUGUCCUGGUUUUCUACAUCCCAGCAAUAGGUAUGUCCAUCAUCCACCGUUUUGGGAAGCACCUGUCCCCUAUUGUACAUGUCCUGGUAGCCUAUGUGUACUUGUUGGUUCCACCUGUGCUCAACCCCAUCAUCUACAGUGUCAAAUCCAAGCCCAUUAGGGAGGCCAUGCUCAAGGUAUUGAGAAAAAAGGGGCAAGGCUCAUGAACUCAAAAGGAACGAUAAGACAUGGGGCAAAAACAUGG